UGCGACUGCAGUGGAACGGACUAUCGAGGUGAUCGCUGCAGUCAUCCCAUCUGUCCCCCCAACUUCUGUCUCAAUGGUGGUGUCUGCUACGUUUACGAUGGCAACCCUCGAUGUAACUGCACUGGCAAUUUCGGUGGUGAUAGAUGUCACUACCCAGUCUGUCCACCGGGCUAUUGCUUGAACAACGGACGCUGUCUCAUUCGCCCAGGCUCCUCCACUCCAGAAUGCGAUUGUACCGGUACGGGUUUCGUAGGUGACCGUUGUUCCACACCAGUGUGUCCUGAAGGCUACUGCCUUAAUGGAGGCAUCUGCCAUGCCCUGCCCAACGGAGUGCCUUUCUGCGACUGUUCGUACACCUCUUACUCGGGCGACAAAUGCGAAGUGCCCAUUUGUACACCCGACUACUGCUCUGGCCAUGGAACCUGUCGGGUUGAGCAAGGUCGUCCCGUAUGUGAGUGUCGACUUGAGUACUGGGGCCCUCAGUGCCAGCUGGAAGUGUGUCCGUCAGGCUUCUGUCACCAUGGUGGUACCUGCUACGCAGGCCCCGACCGCAGACCUCAUUGUCGCUGUCCCGAAGGCUACGAGGGUGACCAGUGUGAGAUGCCCAAGACCUGCCCUCCGGGCUACUGUUACCAUGGUGGCGAGUGCACUAUGCAGGGUGGAAUGCCUGUUUGUAAUUGCAUCAACACUGAUUAUCAGGGACCGCGCUGCGAAACGCCCAAAACUUGUCCGCCGGGCUUCUGUCAUAACGGUGGCUUGUGCACGGUAUCGGGUGGACGUUACACAUGCAACUGUCUGGGCACGGGCUUUCAGGGUCCCACAUGCAGCGAUCCUACCGCCUGUCCGCCUGGCUACUGCCAUGGCGGUAUCUGCACUGUCUUGCCUGGAGGACAAUACGUCUGCAGCUGCUGGAAGACUGGACUCAGUGGACCAACUUGUGACGGGGAUGUCAAUGGAAUCUAUGUCGACUACGAGAAGAUUGGGUAUAUAGUGUAUGACCUGAAUCCACCCCUGAAGACGAAGGAGGACAACGUGACAGUGGGUUUCAAGACCUACGCUCAAUCCGGAACCAUUCUUGAUUUUGUCACCACAAAUGGUCCACAUUGGGGCAUCAAAGUGUGUGGAUGGAUGUGGUAG